AUGGUACUAUUAAAAGCAUUCUCUUCGAUCAAAAAUACUGGCGGACAAGAUGAACACCUACUAGAUUGUGUUCAAAACUGGUUCUCUCAACACGAAAAGUUCAACAGAACUCAAAUCUUUGAGCACUUAGAACAAGUCGCUCGCAAAAAUCAUGACUACGCAUGUCUACUAGGAUUCUUUUAUGAUAGUGCAUUCGGAACAACGAAAAACCCACAAGAAGCAUUUAAAUGGUACCUACGAGCUGCUGAACACAAUGACGCAUUCGGUCAAAAUCAAGUCGGAAAUUUCUUUCUGGGUGGGUAUGGCACAAGAACCGAUAACGAGAAAGCUUUCUACUGGUAUCAAAAAUCAGCGGAUAACGGUUGUAGUACUGCUAAAUCCAAUCUCGGAUACUGUUAUGAGAAUGGAGUUCAUGUAAAGAAAAAUUAUAGAUAUGCGUUUUAUUGGUACUCUAAAAGUGCAGAGAUGAGUAACGAAUUGGGCAAGUAUAAUUUGGCAUAUGUGUUUAUGUACGGUGUGGGAACGAAUGUUGAUGUUCAUCGCACUUUGAAGUUGUAUCUGGAGGCGAAAAAUUUGGUAUGCACUGAUGCUGAAGAAUUUAUUUUUGAUACAAAUUUCAAUGCAAAAUUAUCCAAAUAA